AUGGAAGAAAUUGAUGGUCACGUUAAAAGUUCAGCAUAUUGUAAGAUUAAAAUCACGUCAACGAGUAUAGACAAUGAUAUUAUUCAAAGGUUACCUAUUAUCUCUCUUCAACUCAAUCGUAUUGUACCAAUUUUUCAAAUUAUUCUUGGUACAUUUGGAAAUAUCUUAAAUAUUCUCAUAUUUACUCGUCGAACACUUCGUAACAAUCCAUGUUCACUUUACUUUUUAGCAUCAUCUAUCAAUAAUAUCUUUGUCUUAUAUGUUGCAACAUUAACACGUCUUCUUUCAAGUGGUUGGAAAAUAGAUCCAACAAAUUAUAAUCUUACUCUUUGUAAAUUAAGAAUAUUUUUUGUUUAUUCAUCACUUGCUCUUAUUCAAUAG